AUGGAGGUAGGUGGUUCAAAGAGGAGGUGGCCCCCACGCCCUCCGAUGGACGUCGUCCUCUCCUCCGAACCAAGGACGAAGGCUGUUCCUACCGUUGCUCCGACCCCUGCUCCUGUGGUUCCAGCUACUGAGGCUUCUGCCAGAGUCGAGUCUAUCACCAUCUCGUCACCUUCUGCGGAGGAGCAAGUCCCCAAGGCUUCCCCUUUAGCGGUUGUGGGUCCUUCUGGGGCAAGGAGAGAGGUAGUAGGGGAGACCCCUAGCAUGGCUGCCCCUGCAUGUUCUGCAAUCCCCCCUGCUACCGCUGAGACUGAGCCCCUGGUCGGCCAAGGUGGUGACCUCGUCAGGUAUGCGAACACACCUGAAGCGGUUGCGCAUGCUUCCGCGGCCAGCGGGGUUGGAGCGUUCACACCCUCUCCAAAGGGAGGAGCUUCCACACCCUCUCCAGAGGUCCUACCUCCUGGUUUUCACAUAGCUCGACUGAACCCUUGGUCGCUACCAAUGAUGCUGGAGGUAAAUAAGAGGUUGAAGGAGAUGGAACGGCUCGAAGCAGAGCAAGCCAAGUUUGUGGUCGAGAAGGCAGAAUAA